CUCCGGUAUGGACAGGCGCCUUACUCCACAACUUUUUACCGGAGAUUUUACCACUGUUAUUCUACAUUUUACACCGUGUAUACUUACUGGACAUGGAUUUCUGAACGGAAUAAGCCGAAACUGAGCUCGACGUGAGUUACUUCAACCGUUGAAAUUCAUUUUUUGUUGUUCUAGUUGUUGAAGGAAGAGGGAAAAUGCCAGUUGCAACUCUUCUGCCUUUUACCGCGACCCCGAAUAGGAAGUCUGCCAGCCCGACCUCUUUCAGGUUGACAGAGAAAUUUAUUUUGUUAUUGGUGUUCAGCGCUUUUAUAACCCUAUGUUUCGGGGCCAUUUUCUUCCUACCGGACUCGUCCAAGCUUCUUAGCGGAGUUUUCUUUCAUUCCUCCGCGGUGGAGACCAACACCCGCACCGGUCCGGACAGCAGCGACUCAGGUUCGGCUGGAAACGACGAGAGGGUCCUGGCAAAAAUCAGGAAAGACCACGAAAAAGCUCUGCUAGAGGCAAAGGAUACUCUGCAAAAACGGCCCGACGAGAUUAAACAAGACAUUAUUAAUGAGAAGGAGAAAGUUGCAAAGGAGAGUAUGGGUCAAGGUGGGAAGGAUGUCAAUAAUUUACCUUUCGUUGAGUAUCACCGCCCGCCCGGGGCGACUGGGCACGAACCUCUGGACCCCGAAACCAGGGAAAGACGGACUAGAAUCAAAGAGAUGAUGAAGCAUGCGUGGGACAGCUACAGGCGCUACGCCUGGGGUUCCAAUGAGCUCAGGCCCGUCUCUAAGCAAGGCCACUCCAGCAAUCUAUUUGGAAGUAUAAAAGGAGCAACAAUUGUGGAUGCUCUGGAUACCCUCUAUAUCAUGGAAAUGUUUGAAGAAUUUGAUGCUGCCACUGACUGGGUAGAGAAGAACCUCGACUUUAAUGUGAACGCAGAGGUGUCUGUGUUUGAGGUGAACAUCCGGUUUGUCGGAGGUCUGCUGUCCGCCUACUACCUGUCUGGAAAAGAGGUUUUCCGUAGAAAGGCGGUGGAGCUGGGAGAAAAGCUGCUGCCAGCCUUCAAAACGCCCACUGGCAUCCCCUGGGCUCUGCUUAACCUCAAGAGUGGGAUUGGUAGAAAUUGGCCGUGGGCAUCCGGUGGCAGCAGCAUCUUGGCAGAGUACGGCACCCUGCAUCUGGAGUUCAUGCACCUCAGCAAACUCUCUGGAAAUCCUGAGUUUGCUCAGAAGGUAAUGAACAUCCGGAAAGUUCUUAACCGCCUGGACAAACCUCAGGGGCUGUACCCCAACUACCUAAACCCAAACAGCGGGCAGUGGGGCCAACAUCACGUGUCCGUAGGUGGCCUUGGUGACAGUUUCUAUGAGUACCUGCUCAAGGCCUGGCUGAUGUCUGACAGGACUGAUGAGGAAGGAAAGAAGAUGUACUAUGAUGCCCUGCAGGCGAUAGAAACCAACCUGAUGAGGAAGUCGAGCGGUGGGCUGACCUACAUAGCGGAGUGGAAGGGGGGGCUGCUGGAGCAUAAGAUGGGUCACCUGACCUGUUUCGCAGGUGGCAUGAUCGCUCUGGGCGCCGACGGGGCGCCCAGCGACAAGACGGGCCACCAGAUGGAGCAGGCCGCCGAGAUCGCCCGGACCUGUCAUGAGUCUUACGCCAGGACUGCAUUGAAGCUGGGUCCAGAGGCGUUCCGUUUCGACGGCGGUGUCGAGGCCAUCGCCACCCGCCAGAACGAGAAGUAUUUCAUCCUCCGUCCCGAGGUGAUCGAGACCUACAUGUACAUGUGGAGGUUCACCCAUGACCCCAAAUACAGAGAGUGGGGCUGGGAGGCUGUUCAGGCCUUGGAGCAGCAUUGUAGAGUAGAAGGAGGCUACAGCGGCGUCAGAGACGUCUACGCUUCCACUCCAAACCACGACGAUGUACAACAGAGCUUCUACUUGGCAGAGACGCUCAAGUAUCUGUACCUGCUCUUCUCUGACGACGACCACCUACCGUUCGACCACUGGGUGUUUAACACCGAGGCUCACCCUCUGCCCGUCAUCAAGAAGGACAAAACAGACAGACCCAACGAAGUGGAGUAGCGGAGCGUCCUGCGCUGACGUCCCAAAACAAGUGCGAGAACCUCUGAUCCUGUAGACCUGAGCCUCCAGCUGUCUGUCUGAAACAGUUUAGCCAUUUGGAGUCCCCAAUGGUUACAGAUGCCUCUUGAUCGGCUUUGACUUUUUAUUUUCAAUGGGAUCAAAACUGAAUUGAAGCCUGUUGGAGCUGAAUUGUCGCUGUAGAGUCCCGUUUUGUUGUUUUGUUUUGUUAAUGUUCAGCUCUGGUUGAGUCCGGACGCUGACCUGGACCAACAUGUUUACUGCUGGAUUAUGUAAUAACUUGUCAAAAUGUAAUAGAUUGUCCCUCCUCAUGAGUUGAAACCAUGUUGUGAUGAAUUACAGGAUAAUGCAGUGAUAUAUUAAUAUUCUCGGAUUAUAAAAGUGGUACUUUCUAGAUUUAUUAUUAGAGUUUAUUUCACUCCCAGGGUCCAUCACAUUUUCAGCUCAUUCAGAGGGACAAUCUGAGCAGUUAUCACAUUAUUCAUCAGUUGUUCAGUUUUUCGUAGCUACAGCGCUGUCUGGCUUUCUUGAAGGAGAACACUGAGAGACCUGAACCAGUCGUCUCCCCUAAUGUGGAUAUUUUGGACCAUCGGUCUUUUGGGCACCAAACCUAGAAAAAAAAAACUCCAGCUCUCGUCUGAGGAUCACAAGGUGAACUCAGCGAGCUGAGGGAUGCUCCGUUCACGUCACACGCAUCGUCUUUUCCGUCUGCUGUACUGCUUCAAUAUCCGAAUGGGAACCGGUUUUCUUGUGCCAACACUGGUGCCGCCGCCGCCACCACCGGACUACUGCACCGUCGUCACAGAAACAUUUGUUUUUUUCUAAAAAGCACGUGGUUGUCUCUGUGGGAGUAAAGAAAAGACGCAGCACAACCCGAGCUCCGUUUUAUAAACCUUCUGCGUCCCCUCCUUCACCUUUUACCUUCCUCCCUCCCUCCCUUCCUCCCUUUGUUUGUUUGAGUUUGGUGUGACACAGGAUGAGCAGCCACACCAGCUCUCUAUCUGCCAGUAAUUUCACUUUCUCUCCAGGACGUUUACCCACAGCUCUUCUUCUGCUUCGCUAGUCCUUAGUUCGUCUGUACCUGUGUCUGGCUUUUUGGAUUCUAGAUUUAUUUCUCUUUCUCAAAUUUGCACCAAUGUUUCUGGGGUUUGACCGAUACAGCUGGUGAUGUUUUCCAAUAUUUUUAUUAAUUUCUCCCAAGCUUUAAUCUUAUCACAUUGUUUAUUUUUCUACUUUCCCCUCGCUAAUAAUUACAAGUUUGCUGUUUUUUGUUGUUUUGUUUUUUGGGGAAAAACAGUGAUUACAGCAUUUUGAGAGUGAAAUUGAUGAGGGUGCACUUUCCUGGAGCUUUCACUUGCAUCUUACAGUCUUCCUCAGUCACUUAGCCGUUGUAGGGAUCAGUAAGACCAUGGGGAGUGGUUGAAAGCUUUGGGAAAAGCUAGUAAGCCUAGAACCUCGAGUUAAGUUUUGGAGUGCGUUAUUUGAAAUGAUGAAAUUUCAACCUUGUUUUUUUUUCCUGGAGUCUUGACAUCCAACAGACUCCUGCUGCAACAGUUAGUACCUUUAAAUCUGAACCUUUUCACUUUUAGUCUCCACUUCAGAGGAAAGCGGAUUGAUCACAUGAAUGGAUAUUUGUACAGUCUGACUCCAGUGUGUCCUGUAGACCGCUGGUCUCAGUAUCAGUGAACCUGUGUAUCAGUCGGACCUUCUCUUGUUGCUGUCGCAUCGCUUCUUCUCGUCUCCGUCCUCCAGUUGGAGCGUAGGGCAGGCUGUAAGAUCUACUCUCCUCUAUGAGGAGACGCAGACUCUCCACUUCACUGUAAUAUUUCACCUUCGCACACACACACACACACACACCUGCACACACACACACACACACACACACACACACACCUGCACACACACACACACCGUCACAAGAAGCCAUACUGAUUCAAUACAGCUUUACCAUACUGUCGUUAGGACUUUAGUUCCCUUCAUCCUGGGGGCAUGUGGCUUUACUGACACCAACUGUGUUACUGCUUUUGUUCCGCUGAUCAAAGUCACACUCACCUGAUCGUUCAGUCGGGUUUCCUCCAGAUGCCGCACGCAACUGUAGCCAGAUUAAAUCCAGUUUAGUCUUCAAUCUAGUGCCUUCACUGUUGAAAAGGAGUCAGAGGGAGAGACAGCUCACAAACACAAAGGAGUAGAGUUUUAGAUAACUUCGUAGCUUUAAGUGAAGUUCCAGUGCCUCACAUGAGGAUUUAACCAAAACUAGACACGGAUUAAAGGAUAAGUCUUACAUUUUAAUGUGAUAUUCAAUGAAACUUUGGCUUGAAAGUCGCCCAAGAGUUGGUGAAAACUUGGGGAGAAAGUGGUAGAUCAGACCAAAGGUCCUUCUGAGAUUUAAUUACAUACAUAGAGAUUUAAAACCAGGAACAACAUUAAUGCGCUCAAACUAGUCUUUCUCCAACCAGUAACCAUCAUUUAAUGGUUUGAGACCAGUAAAGGUCCCAGUCACAAUUUAGAUAAUUGCUUGACUACACUGACAUCUAGUGGUGAGAGUUUCCUAUUACAGUACACAUGAGUCCCGGGUAAAAGACUGCAGUAUACAUAUAUAUAUAUGUAUACUGUAUAUAUAUAUAUAUAUAUAUAUAUAUAUAUAUAUAAACUCCAUAGUUAGAAGAGAUCUGCUCUUGAGAGAGAGUAUAACAAAAAUCUUUAAAUUCUAUACUUCAUGUAUCUUCAAUUUUCUAGUACAAGUUUUAAACUUAUGAGUGGUUAACUUUGCCAGAUGUUCAUUAGUUUGAGCCUUUAUCUUGACACAGAAAAGUGGUGUAUCAUGGCGGGGGCCGUGUUCACCUCCUGCUCCUGUAAAUGAGCUUUAAGCAGACUAAAGUGUCACUGGGAGAUCUGACAGAUGGUGAGCCAUUAAAAAGCGCAGUCAACAACAACAACGACUUCGCUGCCGAAAAUACUUCAAGUAGAUUCAUUGAAUUCAGCCAUCUGACAGAAUGACGAGAGUUGGCCGAGCUGAGUGACAGUUUAAACGGCAGCUGUCAGCAUUUAGCCCAGGUGUCUCACAGCAGGAGAGGAAAUCUGACAGAAGCAUAUAACAGAGAGCCACUAUACAGCAGUAUAUAAAGAUGGUGACAUACUGUCUUUUCACAGGUUUUUGGUUUUUAUUGAGUUUCACUAAAAGAAUAGGCUCAAAUCGAUUAAAGGAUGAACAGAUGUUCACCUGAUGUUAAUGUCCACACAUUCAAGAAGUUGCUGACCAGCAAACGAGCUAAUGCUAAUGCUUCACAAUCCCCAUGAGCAGGUUAAGAAAACAAGAAAUAGUUCAACUACACAAGCUUUGUGUUGCAACUAGUGUUUUCAAAUCCAGUAAAAUCCCAGAUGAUGUUACGUUUUAUUUGAUUGGAAAUUUUAAAAUAAAGUGACAAACUGCUAAAUUUCAAAAUUAAAUAAAAAAAAAAUGUAAAAUAAAAACCAAAAACAGUGAGCCCCGAUCAUGUGAUAACCAACAAAGACAUAUCAGUCGGCAGCCACUCCCAUUCAAAUUGAACAGUGUUGAGUUUCGGAGCUGUGAGAAAUCCCUCCAUGUUCUUUCCAUCACUGUACAGACGACAGUGUCUCCGUGUUUAAUCUGUGUUUUUUGUUUUGUUAGACUUGGGUUUAGAGGCAUUUAUUCUACUAUCCAUGUGAUGAUGUGUUGUAAUGGUUGAUUUUGCUGAUUGUGUUAAUUUAUUCUGUAGUAGUGAACAUAGGACUCAGAGGUGUUUGGGCUCUGACCCCCAGGUGGCGCUGUGGCUUUAAAUGGUCAGAAAAAGGACAAUAACACAUAAAUAUGAUAUUUAGAACCAUAAUAAUCAGCUGUGAAGUCUGCUGUGGGUCUUACAGCGAUUAUACCAAUAAUUUAUGGAUGUUUUGAAAUGCUACACUUGGUACCUUUAAUGAUGAUGUUAACUAUUGGAGAAGGAAGGUGAAGAAACCACCUGGGAGUCAGUCAGACAACCUCACAGGAGGGUAGGAGCUGUAUGAAUGUACCAUCCAAUGUGAAGUGAAGAAUAUUUUAUAUGCAUUAUGUCUUUGUUUGUUCACUUCUAUGUGCUUUUGUUGUGUUUUAUUUUUGUUUUCUUCUUUUAUCUUGUAAAGCACAAAAAGUCAAAGCGAUGUGUGCAGGCGGAGAGAAGUCUGCGGUUCACAGAAUGAGAGGGAGCUGCGGGUCUGAUGGCGUUAACAUAGGAAAUGAUCCAAAUCUGCCACAUGAGGUGUAUCAGGACACGGUAGAGUCGCAGUUUUUCAUUUAUUGUUUUGAGGAUCUCAAACAUAAGAAUGGAGAUAUGGGGAUUUUCAGCUUUAUAGUAUAAACCAAGUGGAUUUAAGUGUUAACAGUACAGUGUGGUGUUAAGGUACUGAAGCUGCUCGAUACGAAUCCAGAGACCUGAAUCUUUCACUAAUGCUCAGACCUGAUGAUUGAUGUACACUGUUCAGAGCUUAUGAUGAGUCUGAAGUCACAUGAUUCUUCUUCCUAAGUGUUUUGUAUAAGUGUGGAUAGUCACUGAAUUAGCUUUGCAGUUUCUUUAUCAAACAAAUUAAGAUAAAGAUUUCUUUUUUUUCACCUUAUUGGCCCUAAGGUCGGCUCGUAAAGUGGUUUAAAUGUAGCUCAGUAUCCACUAUAAAGACAUUUUAAUGUUUUUUUUCCCUUUAAACUUGAUUUUAAACCGGCAACUUGAAAGUUAGUGUCGGUAAAUCUGGAGCUGGGGACCAAUUAAAAUGACUUUACUUUCAAAAGGCAUCAGUCAAGCCGUGCUGGUUUUAUUCAGGCAGGUGAAGCACCAUUAGACAAGUUAACAUAGUUCACCUUGGUCUCUGCACACUGUUGUCAUGGGACAUGUCAUAGGUGUGUUUGGUUUUAUUUUCAUUAUUAACUACUCCGCCCGUCAUUUUCUAGAUUAACUGCUUAAUUGUUCGGGUCAUAAAAUGCCAGAAAUAUUCUGUUUACAUUCAUAUAAAACAGAGAAAAUUGGAGAAGCUGGAACCAGAGAAUGAUUGGAGUUGUUGCUUAAAAAAAAUUCUGAAUAAUCAAUUAUCAAAAUAGUAGCUGAUUAAUUUUCUGCCAGUCAAUUAAUUGAUAAGUUAUUGCAUCUAUAGAUUUAUAUUCCAGCAGGAGAAACACAGGAAAUAGUUUCAGUAUCUGCUGCAGCAGCGGAUGUAAUUUCAGCUGAGUUUGAGUGUCGCUCAUUUUUAAUCAAAUUAUAGAUAAAUGAUGGAGUUGCAUUAAUUUCUUUGACUCCAUUCAGAAUUCCAUACACUUUAGGCGACAUUGCAACAUUAAGGUUUUUGUUGCUGCCUGGAUUUGACAAGCUUUGAUAAUUUCAUGACCUUUGUCCAGUUGUCAAACUGUCAGCUUUGCAGUGGUGGGGGUUGCAUGUUGUAGUCUUUUGCUGCAGUAAUUAUGGUGGUAUGAAGUGAUAAUAAUUUUAAUGUUAAUGGGUAUUUGAAUGAACAUUGUUUCCUGGUUUAGGGUUUAGUUUUACAAAGUUCCUGCCUGUGUUGAGAUUUGUUCGUGCAAUUCAGCAGCCAGAAAUUCGAUUCUCAGAACAUUGAGGUGUGGUAAUGUAACUGUGUGCAGAGUUGCAACCCUUUAUUUAGGAAGCGUGGAGGCUGAGUCAGGAUUUUGACCUGUAAUUUAAACUUGAAGGGCUGAUCCGCUGCAUUUUCCCCAGGAGGAAGUCAGAACUUUUAGGCUCUACAUGUGGUUGGACUUACCUCUGUAGGUGCCCCGCUGGAUUUAUUUUUUUUGUUUGUUUCACUCACGUGACACUGAUCUGGUCGUUUCACUACCUGGACAGGGAGGAAAUGCAGAACGUAUGCGGUUGUUCGUGUAAGCCGUCAGUGUUAAAUCUGCUUCAGCUUGAUGUAGUGUGACAUCAUCAGGCAUCUGCUCAUUUUUUUCAUUUUUCUUUUUGUUCCCUAAAAAGGUUGAAUUGUCUUUGGUGAUUUUUCUGAAUAUUGUGUUGAUGAUCUGUUGCGUUCCAACGCUUUUCUAUUAGUGAACAUUAAAGGGAAAUGCCGCCCAUUUUAGGAAUUCAUACUUUAGUCAGUCUUUGUGGAAAAAGAAAACUUAUAUACAUCACACUGACAUCUCUUCUUCUUUUUGAGUGGUGCACUAAAUGAGACUGAUCUAAUCUUAAUUCUUAAAAUGUUUGGCAUUGCCCUUUAAAAGGUUUAAAUGUGUGAAACCAACCUCAGAAAUGUAUCUGUACAAAAAUAUUGCUGAUAAUCAUUCCAUUGCACAUAGUUUACUUUGGUUUAUAUGCAAUAUUUUAAUUUUGUGGGGAAAUUUGUUUUAUUGUGUUAAUAUUAUUAAAAAAUGUAAAUAUUCCAUUCUGGCAAAGGAGCCGUUCUACAUUUAUAUAAAAAUCUUCUGAGCUUAUGGAUUAAAAUGAUAUUAAUGAGCAGCAGACUUUUUAAUAAACUAUAUUUGUUACACUUCUAUUGUGAAUAAAAAAAUCUUUUAAUAA